AUGCCUUCAAGUUCCAUCCGCCCACCUGCAACCAGGAAAUCGUCUCGCACCUCGAGUCCCUUUCGCAACUCCAACUCCUCACCCGCACCUGGGCUAGUACUUAAGAAAGAGAAGGCCCAAACGUUUCUGGACAGCUGGGUCGAGCCCCCGCCAAAGAUCCCCACCGCCAGCUUUGAAGAGCACGGCUUUGCGCGACACGGAGUCCUCGAAAACAUGGCGCCCCUCGGCCAACCACCGUCCGCCAAGCUGAAGGCAAAGCUAAGAGGAGGUCCGGAGACGCAUAAGCACUCGCUGCUAGGCAAGAACGGGAAUGUGUCGGUGGCGGAAGAAGCUUUCUCAACUCCUGAGAUGACACCGGCCGCAGAGCCUGAGCAAGCAGAGUCGGACCCCCCCGAGGAGGACGCGAUUCUCCCCCCUUCAAUAGAACCGCAAGACGAGGACGAGGACGACGAAUAUAUUCCGAACGGCGUCAGAAGCGCGUCGCGAUCUGGCAAGACGGCGAUGAAGAACGGUUUCAAGGCGACAACGCCGCAUCGCGACGCCGUCCUCGCGCCUACCACCGCCCCGCCCAGCACGCGGACUCCUGCUCAAAACCAGAUCAUGCUGAAGGCCGUCAAUGCCGCCAUGAAGAAGGCCACGGAUGAUGGCAGGCCCUCUGUGGGCGACGCAGUCCGCCGCUUAUAUGACGAGAGUUGCCACAACCAGACCUACGCGCGGCUACUGGAUGCCAUCCUGAAUGAGCGAGCCACGCCGCAGGAGCACCUUGAUUUUCACAAUUACAUCAAGAGAGCGAAGAAGGUCUCAAAGACUCGUGAUCGGCGAGCGAGGACGCAGACGGCUUCUUUGCAAGCCUCUCCAGUCUCGCACGCCAAGACUAGAAAUUCUUCACUGACAUCCGCCCGCCCCGCCGACACAAUAACAACAAUAGCUGCCGGCUCCACCACACCUUCAAUACACACAAUAGCAGCGCAGCCGAACUUAGUAGCCACCUCUGGACUGAAUCCUCUCUCCAACGUUCCUCACCUCUCUCCCAAUCUUUCUCCAAACCACCGCCACAACAACAACAACAACAACACUUUCGCUCCGUCACCCCGAUCAACAACACCACCUUCCCAGUUCACCGCCGUCAACGGCAAUUCCAGGUCGACCGAAAUGGUCUCGACUCGUAGACAGACCAAAGGCGCGGCUCCGCCACAGGAUGCUGCUCCGCCGCGAGCCGCAGCCAAGCAGCCAGCCGCGAAACCACCCAAAUCACCCAAAGGCAAAGGUAAAGCGCCGAAAUCACAAGCGAAGGCCACUCUUGAUGCGACGGAUUCUGAGCUGAGCGAUGUCAACGAAGACAUCAUCAUGAGCGAGCCCCCGGAGGCCGUCUCGGUCAAGGGAGAAGACCUAGCCGCUCCACCCAAGGCCCCGAAGCAGAAGCUCAUCCUCAAAAACAUCCCCAAGGGCAAGAAACCGAAGUCAUCCACUGCUACACCGGUACCAACGUCCGGAAAGCGCAGCGCCGAUGAGGCCGGUAUUGACGAUGCAGAGAGAGAAAUUCAGGUAAAGAAAUCGAAAAUGGCCCGCGCUUUCCCUGACUUCAACCUCGAGUUUUCUGCUAUUCGCUCGCUACAAGACUCGCCCAAUUUGCGAAACGGUGUAUUAACGGAGUUCGACCAGGUCUCACAGCCACUGGCUGCAUCAUCAUCAUCAUCAGCAGCACCACGACGCUCCGGCCGGUCACGAAAUGGCAACUCACAAGGCCCACAAGCUGCUCCCAACGCGACAGCGGCCCAGCUCAAUGGCACGAACGCGGAUGCUGCCUUUCCUGAUCUUGCCUCGCCCGCACACGACACGCCCGACUUCGCAUUCCUCGACGCUGCCUCGCCAGGCCCAGCUGAUUCGGCUGUCGCAUCCAGGCCAAUUACGAGACCUACGACUCCAGCCGCUGGACACGCAGCGAAGCGUCGCAAGAUUAACAAUGGCCCUGCAAAGACAAAGUUCUCGCCGGUCAAGGGAAAGGCAGCUGUUGCAAGCAGUUCGCGUACGAUUGGCGGUUCGAGUGCCCAGGUCGCGCCUGAUGACAGCGAUUCUUCCGCCAAUGACGAAGAUGUUUGUGCCUCAUGCGGUCUCGGCGGCCUCAUCAUCGGCUGCGAUCACUGCGAGGAUUGGUAUCACUUUGCUUGCGCCGAACCACCUAUUCCUGAAGGCGCGGAGGCACCAGAUGACUUUGUGUGCCACAAAUGCCGGCGCCUCUUUGCCGCAGCAGAGGCUUCACGAUCGGCCCCGACGAAGAAUCGAUGGGUAGCUGGCCUUGAGUCCGCUCUACCCGCUCCUGAAGCUGGUCCUAAAUGGUUCAGGCUACCUGACGACGUUCGCAACUACUUUGUAGGUGUGAAGACGAAUGCAGAUGGUGGCUAUGAAGAAGAGCCGGCACGUGAGAUUGGCCUCGAUAAACAAAAAGGCUACUUUGCCAGACCAGAUCCGCACAAGUUGAUCGACCACCACAAGGCCGUUCUAUGCCACGGAUGCUCGCAGUCAUCAGCCGGCAAGCGCGAAAUCCUCAAGUGCGAUUUCUGCGACAAGUGGUGGCACUUGGACUGCCUCGAUCCACCAGCUGCCAUCUCUCCUGUAUUGGUCACGGCAUCUGGCAUGACUCGUCGUGCCUGGAAAUGCCCGCUCCACGUCGAUCACGACCUCAAGGCUGUUGCAGAGAUGAGCGCGCCGACUUUCAACGGUACUCUCAAGCGCAAGCGAGCGGCUAGCCCGGACCUCGAUUCCGAUGAGAUAAUUCUGCGACACCGUAUCCGACGCCCCAAGGUGUUGAUUCCGCAAGAUGUUGCCUUGCCACGUGGCCUACGCAACGGCGGAAUCAUCGAAGUUGUGAGCAACGAAGACGAAUCGGAAGAUGAGGAAGACUGGGUCUACGACGACAAGGAACCUAGGCCAGAGGAUGCUAUUCUCAAGAGGAUUCCGAAACAAGUCAUCAUCGCCGACUUCAUUGGCUCCAUCAAGCGCCGACGCAUGAACGAGCAGGUCUACAAGGCGAGGCUUGCCUCAAAGAACCCUGCGAGCGCCAAGGGAAAGGCCCCCAUGGCCUCCACCAAUGGUGCCUCAACAAACAUCUCGUCCCGACCCAUCGUGGAGCAACAGGCCGCCCUCAACCUGGCCCAGUUCGCACAAAGAGAGACCGAUAUUGGUCUGACUGGUGAGAACGUCCAGUCGCUUGUCAACAAUCUGAUCGCGGAAGCCUCUCCGGAGGUAAUUGAUCUCAUUAGUAACCAGGCUUCUGGCGCUGCUGAGCGUCAGUUGCUGGAGAAGCUGCAGGAGCUUAUUACGCGCAAGCUGAAUGGCGCGGCUCCUGCCUAGAGUUUUCCUUAGUGUAUAGCAUAGCGAAUGGACUCGACCUAGCAUAGUUAGCUGCUUUUUUGAAUGGACUUUUGGCCCAAUUGUGGGAGCGUGGCGCCUAGGAUGGCGAUUGGGGGUGUGAAUCAGGUAGUUUUCACACCAAUUUUUCCAGUAGGCAGAUGCUGGAUGAUACUGCACUGUACUAGUAAUAGAGAAUCAAAAGUUUAUCAACC